AUGGCUCCGGCACGCAGGGUGGGCCUGCUGCUGUCCCUGCUGCUGCCUGUGGUCAGCGCCUCCAUGCUGGGCACCGUGGUCAGACUCAACAGGGCCGUGCUGAGCUACGUGUCUGAAAUUGGAAAAGCCCCGCUCCAGCAGGCCCUGAACGUCACAGUCCCGUAUUUCCUGGACUGGAAUGGAGAGGUGCAUCAGCCCACAAGGAUCCAGACCUUGAACAUCCGUGUGCCUCACUUCCACCUGAAAUUCGUUGCCGACUUCGGGGUGCGAUUGUUGGUAGCAGCCAAUUUUACUUUCAAGGUCUUUCGAGUCCCAGAGCCCCUGGAGCUGAUGCUGCCCGUGGUAGUGCUGGCCGAUGCCCAUGUGGCCCAGGGCUCCAUCGGGACCCCCGUGGUCAGCAUCUCUGCCUGCUUCCCGCUCUUCAGCAACGCCAAUGUGUCGGAUGGCAGUUCCAGCGUGGCCUCGGGGCCGCUGGCCCUGGUGCAGAAGCACGUCAGAGCUGUCCUGCGGAACAAGCUGUGCCUGAGUGUCUCCAACCUGGUGCAGGGCCUCAACGUCCACCUGGGCACUUUAAUUGGCCUCAACCCUGUGGGUCCAGAGUCCCAGAUUCGCUACUCUAUGAUCAGUGUGCCCAACAUCACUAAGGACUACAUUUCCUUGGAUAUCAACGCCGUUCUCUUCCUACUGGGCAAGCCCAUUGUCCUGCCCGUGGACACCACCCCCUUUGUGCUGCCACUGCACGUGGGUGCCGAUGGAACCAUGGCAACCGUGGGUCUCUCCCGGGACCUGUUUGACUCUGUCCUCCUGCUGCUGCAGAAGGCUGGUGCCCUCAACCUGGACAUCACAGGGCAGCUGGAGUCGGGUGACAACCUACUCAACACAUCUGUGCUGGGCCAGCUCAUCCCCGAGGUGGCCCACUGGUUCCCCAAGCCCAUGCCUGUGGCGCUCAAGGUGCAGCUGGGUGCCACGCCUGUGGUCACACUCCAUACCCACAAUGCCACGCUUCAGCUGCAGCCCUUCGUGGAGGUCCGGGCAGUGGCUUCCAACUCAGCUUUCCGGUCCCUCUUCUCCUUUGAUAUGGUUGUGAACCUGAGCCUCCAGCUCUCUGUGUCCAAGUUGAAGCUUCGGGGGACCACAUCUGUGCUGGGGGAUAUCCAGCUCGCCGUGGCCUCUUCCAAUGUGGGCUUCAUUGAUACAGAUCAAGUGCACCCACUCAUGGACGCCGUGUUCAAGAAGCCCCUGCUGGAUCACCUCAACGCUCUCCUGGGCAUGGGGAUUGCCCUCCCCAACGUGGUCAACCUCCACUACGUCGACCCUGAGGUCUUUGUCUACGAGGGCUACGUCGUGAUAUCCAGCGGACUCCUAUACCAGCGCUGA